CCUAAUGACAUUCCACGAUGAGGCGUUCAUAUCCCGAACUUUCGGGCCCGGGAAGCCGCCGGCUCUUCCGAUGAGCUUACGUUGAAGUACUGCUGUUCAUCUCCGUCUUUACCCACACAGAUGCUCAGGCGCGGACCUGCAAUAGAAAUUCGAUUGUGCAUCACCGACGACGUACACUUGCCCGUUUUUGAACAGCCCAACUACCACGCAUUUGAGGACGCUCUGUUUGGCUUGGGUGAAGUGUCCUUGAUCUACAAUCCAGCAGAGAGUUCAAGCUACUUCUCGACGCCGUGCUCCGCGGUGAUAUUCUCAGCCGCCUCGGUGCCGCACACAAACUCCAUCUCACAUUCCGCAAAGGCAGAAUUUCGAUGGACGAAGUUCUCACCUCUCCAUCUGAAUACACUGUCGAUGAUUCCAUCGUCGCGUUGACUCGCCUCGAACGAUUCGAUUACCUCCCGCUGGAGACGACGAGCGAAAAGAACGAUUUCUUAUGUGCUGUGCUGAAGGACCGCCUGGCUCACGCAGUACCAGAGCCCUCCUCAUGAAUCCGCCACUAUAUUCGUCCCUCGUUCAUGGUAUCGCUCGGUCUCCCUGUCCCGCUUUUCACCUUUUCACCUUCCUGCGGUCCAUGAUUCUGCGCAUAUGUUGAGCUUAAUGUUCAUCGUCGCAGUCGUCCACGUCCCCCGGUCUAUCGAGCUCGUCUUCUCAUGACUCUGCACGUCCCCCUCAGGGCAAUCCUCUUCACUGGGGCCCGCUUCCCAUACCGUCACUCUACUACCUUACUCAGCAUGCGCCGUUCCGGAGCUCCCGCACAGUCCUUUCCUUUCCUGACGAAAUUUGGCUAGGCGUGAUCUCGAGUUCGACGCCCAGUACUGAGCUGACGCAUUCCACGACCAACGUCUAUUGUUGACUUGUCAGUAAACUUGUUACCACUAGAGAACCUCCUUUUUGUAUUGUCAUUAUCAAAAGUCUAAUCCUCGCUCGGUGCUGCACCAUUUAUGCUGAGUCUUCCUAGAUGCAUUGAGCUGGUGGUGACG